UUCCGGUAAACGUCCAAAACAAAUAUGGCACUAAAGCGGUAAGCGCGAGGCGUCCAACGAGAUGGCGCGUGUGUUGACAUCGAAAGCGAAAGCGCAGCACCGUGUGGCCGCCGCUGGUCUCUGAACCUCCGGUUACAAGGUGACGCCGAGGGAUGGCGUUUCAGAUUUCAACUCUUCUUUCAUAUGUCAAAGUUCUCCCGCGCCGCCCCGGCGCCCUGUCCCGUAGCCGCGCUGACCUCCAGGCAGCCGGUGUCAAGUUCAGGCGUCCGACUCCUGAACGCCCCCCGCUGGGAGCGGAGCCAGCGGCAGGUCCCCGUCGCGGCCAUAUUUGCGUCGCUCGGAAGUUCUCAGCAACACUUUGGAGGUCCGGCCGAGGGCUCGGGUCCUCCUCGGGCUGGCUGGGGAGAGUCGCCCUCGGUGCCGCCCUGGGAGUGAGCACAGCCGCCCUGGUCCAGUCCGUCCACACCGGGACACUGGCCGCCAUGGCCCUGAAAGUGAACCUGAGCUCCGCGGAGGGAGACUGGAAGCAGACGAAGGACUUCUUGCUGUCUCUGCCUGUAAAGGACAGGCGCCUGUACUACAGGACAGACCCUGUUCCAUUGGAUGACAUCCCAGUGUGGACUCCUGCAGGUGGUUCUGAACCUGCUCGCUGCCAGAGAAAUGAAAAGUUGGACCAGAAGAUUUCCCUUUACAGCGGUGACAUCACCAAACUGGAGAUAGAUGCUAUUGUUAAUGCAGAGCGGCAAAACCAGGACAAAACCGGAACCAUGGGGAGAAGGGAGCAAGCCAACAAGUCUCUGCUGGGUGGAGGUGGAGUGGACGGGGCCAUCCACCGCGUUGCCGGUCCGAUGCUAAAAAAGGAGUGCGCCUCCCUGCACGGCUGCGAGACCGGGGAGGCCAAGAUCACCUGCGGCUACGGGCUCCCAGCGAAGCAUGUGAUCCACACGGUGGGUCCAAUCGCACAGGGAGGAGUGGGGGAGCAGGAGAGGGCGGCUCUGAGGUCCUGCUACAGGAACAGCCUGAAGACGGCCACUGACCACGCGGCGCGUUCCGUGGCCUUCCCCUGCAUCUCCACCGGCAUCUACGGAUAUCCACCGGAGCAGGCUGUGCAUGAGGCGUUAGCAACUGUGAGGGAAUAUCUGGAUGCACAUGAUGACAAGGUGGACAGAGUCGUCUUCUGUGUGUUCCUACCCACGGAUAAGGACUUGUACCUGCAGAACCUCCCACUUUACUUCCCUGCUGCCUGAGCAGCGGCAGCAGCGUUGUUCAGCUCCCACCGAGGCUGCUCUCAAGAGCAAACUCUGAGCGAGUGGAUCCACACGGCUGCACCCGCAUCCAGACCCUCCUCCCCGUCCGCUCAGAUCAAGGCCACUCUCAACAAGACGAUAACUCCUAAAUGGAUGAUUGCUUUUUUUUGACGCGCAGCCCGGCUGUGGUGCAGCUGUUGAUUAGUGUCUCUGUUUCUCCCAUUAAUGAGGUGCAGAGCAGCGCGGUGACACAGUGUGUGCAGGUUUGACCUUUACCGCCUGUGAUCGUGAUUAGUCCUACUGCAUCGUCCGCUAUUUGAAUAUUGGUUUUCCACUGUUUGUGAGACGAUAGCGUCUUCUUUAGGCAAAUCAUUCGAGUUGUGCAUGAUUUGAUGAUUUCUCCAGAUAUGAUUUUUGUUUUCUCACCUAAAGACUGCUGCACGUCUGAGCUGAAGUUGAUUAAUGAAAUAUACACGUUAAACCUCGACUUCACCACGUUGCAAGAAAUAUUUUACCACCUAUGAAAACGUUGUGUUUAUGAACCAAACAUCUGUUUCUAAAACAUUACAUUAGACUCCAGUACAAAACAAAAGGCUUGAUGCUACAUGUUGACAUGAUGCACUGUGAUAUUUCAAUAUGCAUAGUGUGAAAUAAAAACUGCAACAUAUGAA